GCAGCUUUAUUCGCAACGGUGGCAACUCUGCAAUCAGCGCAACGAACAGCUGAUUGAUUAUUUGUGUUUUAAGUAUUUAUAUGCAAAAAAGGAUUGACUUUUAUGCAUUGAUUAAAGAACAUAUGCAAAGGCGGAAUCAUGACUGACGCGGAAAAGCAGCCAGUUUCGUUCGCCUGCCAACGGUGCCUGCAGCCCAUAGUUCUGGACGAGCAUCUAGAGAAAAUAAGCGUACAUGCUAUGGCUGAACUCUCAUUACCUAUCUAUGGUGGCAAUGUGAAUACUAUCGAACCACAGGAUGCCAAUAGCUUUGACCACUUUGUGCCUCCGUUCAGGCUAACGGACUCCAUCAAUGGUACUGGGUUUACGAUGGUGUCUGAUGGUCGUGAUAACAAGAAAUUGAGCUCUGCAUUUAAGCUUAAAGCAGAGCUAUUCGAUUGCUUGUCCUCGAAUUCUGAGAUUGACCAUCCUUUGUGCGAAGAGUGUGCCGACUCAAUGCUGGAGAUAAUGGACCGAGAGCUCCGAAUAGCUGAAGAAGAAUGGCAUGUGUACAAAACUUACCUCAACGAACUGGAACAGCAGCAGGAAAUUCCAAAUGUGGAUGCCCUGGAUAAGGAAUUACAGCAAUUAAAGGAUAGUGAGCAAGAACUACUAAAGGAGUUGGCAAACCUAAAGGCCGAGGAAAAAAUCUUGAAUGAUGCAAUAGAGCAAGAGGAGUUGGUAAAAGAAAAACUGCAUGAACAGGAGGAAAGCUACUGGCGUGAAUACACCAAGCACCGUCGAGAGCUGAUGCUAACGGAAGACGACAAGCGCAGCCUAGAGUGUCAGAUAGCCUACUCCAAGCAACAGCUUGACAAACUACGAGACACAAAUAUAUUUAAUAUAACAUUUCAUAUCUGGCAUGCCGGUCACUUUGGUACAAUAAACAACUUUCGACUGGGACGACUACCAUCCGUCUCAGUGGACUGGUCAGAGAUAAACGCAGCAUGGGGACAGACAGUAUUGUUGCUGUCAGCUUUAUCGCGUAAAAUCGGACUGACCUUUGAACGUUACCGUGUUGUUCCAUUUGGCAAUCAUUCCUACGUGGAGGUGCUGGGCGACAAUCGUGAGUUGCCUCUGUAUGGCAGCGGAGGUUUUAAAUUUUUUUGGGACACAAAAUUUGAUGCUGCAAUGGUGGCGUUUCUAGACUGUUUGACACAGUUCCAGAAGGAGGUGGAGAAGCGCGACACCGAAUUUCUUUUACCGUAUAAAAUGGAAAAAGGGAAAAUAAUUGAUUCUUCCACUGGUAAUUCAUACUCCAUCAAAAUACAAUUCAAUUCUGAGGAACAAUGGACGAAAGCUUUAAAGUUCAUGCUAACGAAUCUAAAAUGGGGCCUGGCCUGGGUUUCAUCCCAGUUCGUCUCACAAUAAAAUUGCCGAUUGUCAUUAUUUUAAUUAUGUAUAAUAAUUAGUGUUUAACAUACAAAUAAACUCUAA